AUGGCAGCAGCUACGCCUAUGCCAGCCCGGCACGAUCGGAGUGCUCCGACCUUCAAAACUCCCAACGAUCUCCCUGGCUACAUCGACGAGCUCGAACGGCUCUUCGUCGAGCACGGCGUCACGGACAACCGCGAUAAGGUCAACGCAUCGCUUCGGUACCUCCCGCACCUCGAGACCCGAGUCUGGAAGUCGGUCAAAGCCUACAAGGACCAGACGAAGACGUGGGACGAGUUCAAGGCGGACGUCAUCAAGCUCUACCCCGGCUCCGCGAUGGAAGGCCAGACGACCCGCGGCGACCUCGAUACGCUUGUCAAAGCUCGCGCAGCCUCGCCUAUCACAACGCGGGCAGAGCUUGGUGCAUUCAACCGGCAAUUCAAGGUCCUCGCCGACGAUCUUCUCGAGAAGCAC